CUGUGUCUCCUGAAGAUCAUGAGUGCUCAAGUCGACCGUGUUUCUCCUCCUGUUCUCCGCGCACUCAGUCUCCGCAAAACCAACAAAUAAAGCACUCUCUCUCGCUCGCGAACACCCGGGAAUACCGCACAUCCACGUCUGGACUCAAGACUCUCUCAGUUUGCCCUCUUUUAAAAACCUCCUCGCCAGUCUCACUGAAGAUUCAAGGUGUUUUUUGUGUUUUGCGAUGAUGUUCAUGCAUGUUCUGAUGCGCGCUGGUUUUGGAUUAUUCAGCGUCGCUCUGGUCGCCUUUGUCCAGGGUCCAGCCGGUGUUUUUGCCAGCAGAAACCCGCAAGAUGUGGACGAGUGCGCCGAGGCCCUGGACAGCUGCAGUAUAGAUGCCAUCUGUCAGAACACCCUCAAGUCAUACAAAUGCAUCUGCAAAUCAGGAUACAAAGGCGACGGGAAACACUGUGAAGACAUCGAUGAGUGUGCCAGCGAAUAUAAUGGAGGAUGUGUUCACGAGUGCAUCAACAUCCCUGGAAACUACAGAUGCACGUGUUAUGACGGCUUCCGUCUGGCCCACGACGGACACAACUGCUUGGAUGUGGAUGAAUGUGCUGAAGGAAACGGCGGCUGUCAGCAGAUCUGUGUUAACAUGAUGGGCAGUUAUGAAUGUCGCUGCAGAGACGGCUUUCUGCUGUCCGACAACCAGCACACCUGCAUCCAGAGGCCCAAAGUACGUUUCAAUGGGACUAAGGAUGUGGCCACCUGCAUGGAUAAAAAUCACGGCUGUGCCCAUAUUUGCCGUGAGACCCCUAAAGGAACCAUCGCCUGUGAAUGCAGACCAGGAUUUCAGCUCACCAAGAACAAUCGAGACUGUAAAUUGACCUGUAACUAUGGUAAUGGCGGCUGUCAGCACAUCUGUGAGGAAACGGAUCAUGGGCCCAAAUGCUCGUGUCACAUGAAGUUUGCUCUUCACUCAGAUGGAAAGACCUGUGUAGAGGAAAGGAGUGCCCAACAUCAGCCACUGCAGCCACAGCUGUUACCCAAUGAGACGUGUGCAGUGAAUAACGGUGGUUGUGACAGCACGUGUCAUGAUGCUGUGACUGGUGUUCGCUGCAGCUGCCCGGUGGGAUUCACUUUACAGCCCGACCGCAAGACCUGCAAAGACAUUGAUGAAUGUCGCAUGAACAACGGUGGCUGUGAUCACGUUUGCAGAAACACCGUCGGCAGCUUCGAGUGCAGCUGCAAGAAAGGAUACAAACUCCUGACCAAUGAGAGGACGUGCCAAGAUAUAGACGAGUGUUCGUUUGACCGGGCCUGUGACCACACAUGCAUAAAUUCACCCGGGAGUUUCCAAUGCUACUGUCAUAAAGGCUACGUCCUCUACGGCGUGGCUCACUGCGGAGAUAUCGACGAGUGCAGCAUUAAUCAGGGUGGCUGUAAAUCGGGCUGUCUUAACACGCUGGGCAGUUAUGAAUGUACCUGUCCUCCUGGAUACAAACUGCACUGGAACAAGAAGGACUGUGUGGAGCUCAUAAAAUGUGCCUCCAAUUUGGUGGCCCCCAAAGCCACCCUGGCCUGCAGUAAAACGGGCAAGAAAGAGAGCUGUUCCCUCACGUGUGCAUCCAAAGCACAUUAUCUGUCAGAAUCAGACAGCAGUUAUUCUGUCAGCUGUGGAAUAUCAAUCCUGCGAGGAAAAUCUCAGAGCAGAGUCAACACGAGCAGCAUCCAGAGCUGCAUAGAGACUCAGGUUCAUCCAGUGAAGCAAACGGCGUCUUUUCGGAUCAAGAACGCCAAAUGUCACCUGCACCCGAAGCAUAAGGGGAGAGCAGAGGACAACGGCAGACAGAUCGGCCCAGGCGGUCAGCCGUGCAACAACUGCCUGGUCACGUUUGUUAACCUGAAGUGUGACUCCUCUAAGAAGACCAAAGGCGGUCGUCGAGCUCGAAACCCGACAAAUAAAGAGGUGACGCGCAUUACUCUGGAGCUGGAGGCCGAGGUCAAACCGGGAGACGCAACCGGGAACUGCAACAUGAUGUGUCAACGGCAGCACAUGGAGCAGCAGAUGAAGACGUACAUUAAAACCCUGAAGAAGUCCAUUAACCAGGAGCGUUUCCUGCUGCGUGUCGCUGGACUGGAGUAUGAGGUGGCACAGAAGCUCACACAGACAGCGUUGAAGCAGGAGAACUGCGGACCGGGCCGAGAAAAGGACAGCGGACGUUGUGUCAGAUGUUUGCCUGGCUCAUAUUACCAUGGGGAGCAGGAGCGAUGCAUCCAGUGCCCACCGGGAACCUUCCAGGAGCGGGAAGGUCAGCUUGCCUGCGAUCUGUGUCCUGGAGGAGACCGGCAUGGCCCACAAGGAGCCCGCAACAUCACGUCAUGUGCAGGUCAGUGUCCACCAGGGCAUUUCUCCAGCGACGGGUUCAAGCCCUGUCAGCCGUGUCCAUUGGGAAAAUACCAGCCAGAUCCAGGACGGACCCUCUGUUUCUCCUGUGGAGGUGGACUCAGUACUAAAAGAGAGGGCGCCAGUUCAUUCAAUGACUGCGAGGUCAAAGUGUUGUGUUCUCCAGGUCAUUAUUAUAACACAUCAGUUCAUCGGUGUAUCCGCUGUCCUCAUGGAACCUACCAGGCUGAAUUCAGACAGAACUACUGCAUCUCCUGUCCUGGAAACACCACCACAGACUUUGACGGAGCCAUCAGUGUGUCUCAGUGCAAGAAUCGCGAAUGCGGGGGUGAAAUCGGCGAGUUCAUUGGAUACAUCGAGUCACCCAACUAUCCCGGAAACUACCCAGCCAAUGUGGAGUGUGUGUGGACCAUCAACCCUCCACACAAACGCAAGAUUCUGAUUGUGGUUCCUGAGAUCUUCCUCCCGUCUGAGGAUGAGUGUGGAGAUGUGCUGGUCAUGAGGAAGAACUGGUCUGCAACCUCUAUUACCACCUAUGAGACGUGUCAGACAUACGAGAGACCGAUUGCAUUUACAGCCCGAUCGAGGCGCCUCUGGAUCAACUUCAAAUCCAAUGAUGUGAACAGCGCUCGUGGUUUCCAGAUUCCAUACGUCACUUAUGAUGAAGACUAUGAGCAGCUGGUUGAAGAUAUCGUAAGAGACGGACGGCUUUAUGCCUCUGAAAACCAUCAAGAAAUACUCAAGGAUAAAAAACUGAUUAAAACACUGUUCGACGUUCUGGCUCACCCUCACAAUUACUACAAGUACUCGACUCGAGACUCCACGGAGAUGCUCCCGCGCUCCUUCAUUCGCCUCAUCCACAGCAAAGUCUCGGCCUUCCUACGUCCGUACAAUUAAUCCAAAAAGACCACCAUCCACCUCCACACAGGCCUCGAGUCAAUGGGAUCCACACACACAAACACACACAUUUUCAACACCACACACACUAUGCAGAGUUCAGAUGCUUCACCAUGCCGUUUCCUUUCUUUUUUCUUGUCAGUCAUCUCUGAAAGGGAGAAAAGCUUCAGUGUAGUUUGUAUGUAGCGCAGUCGUAUCGAGCCAAUGAACAUGUUUCUUUUUCUCCUCGUGUUCGGUGUUGUUUCGAUGUUUUUGUUCGCUCGUACGGACGUUUGCACGAUCAGUCCCGCCGUUAUGAGCGACGUGCGCGUUUAAACGCACACAUAAAGAGUGUGUUGUACAGACAAAAGGAAGCCGUAGCAUGUCAAAGACGAGAAAAAAAAACCCCAACUGGAGCUAGCUGUGAUCGUGCUUCAAGAGUAGACUUCCUUUUUAUUUCCCAGCUCUCGUAAACGCUAGUUCUCAAAAAAUAAAUGUACAAUCUUUUGUAUAUCUGUACUUUUAGUGUGCUUUUGGUGAGAUCUAAUUCAUAUCACGACGUUAAAGCAUUAUAUUUGAGCUCCUAGAGCGUCCAUGUAAUCUCUAAAGGUCAUGCUGUUAAAACAGUAAUGUUCAGAUUGUAUUAUUGUCAAAUGCAUAUUCGUCUAUUUCCUAAUAUUCAAGUUUUAAUUUAACGAGGCUUAGAAGACGUGCGUUAUAUUGCAAAAGCUCGGAUGGUGAAAAAGGUUGGAAGCCAGUGGAUUGUUUAAUUUUUUUUGUGCGGGACAUGCAAUUGCUGCUUCUUCAGAAAAAAAAAAA